AUGGGUAGACACACAGUGCAAAAGUCUGCAGGAGUUCUUGAGUUAGAUGUCGUCUCAGCAUUAUCAGCGCAGAUUUCUACACUGACCAACCAAGUCAAUCAGAUGACCUUGAUUAUCAACAAGCAACAAGCACAACCAGUACAACAGGUUCAAGUGUUUUGUGAAAUAUGUGGAGAGGGUCACACGAGCGACUUAUGUCCCGCUAAUCCAGAGUUUGUCUGCUUUGUGGGUAAUGCAAACAGGGGCCAAACAAACCAGCCAGCCACGACAGGAUCAACAUCAGAAAAAUCUAAGGAGUCAGAGAAGCCAGCUGGAGAGGCGGUGGCUGAGCAACCCCCACCAUUGGUUGCAAGGCCACCACCUCCGUUCCCUCAUAGAUUGCAGAAAGUAAAGGAUAACGCCGCAUAUAAAAAGUUUCUUGAUAUUUUGAAGCAGGUGCAAAUUUAUAUUCCAUUGGUUGACAUCUUACAAGAAGUACUCAAAUAUGCAAAGUACAUCAUGGACAUAGUGGCGAAUAAAAGGAGGCUGACUGAGUUCGAAACGGUGGCAUUCACUGAGGAGUCCAGUUCAAGAAUUCAAGGCAAAAAGUUGGGGUUGGGUGAGCCCCGCCCAACAAUAGUUAUCUUACAGUUGGCUGAUCGCUCCCUUGCUCAUCUUGAGGGAGUGAUUGAAUAUGUGUUAGUUCAAGUGGGUUCUUUCAUAUUCCCGGCUGAUUUCAUUAUCUUGGAUUAUGAGCCUGAUCAGGAAGUCCCAUUUAUUUUGGGGCGUCCAUUCUUAGCCACGGGUCGAGCUAUUAUCGAUGUCUGCGAAGGAAGGAUGACAAUGAGAUUGGGUGAUCGAGUGGAGGUAUUCAAUGUUUAUAAAGCACUCAAGUUACCAGCCCACUAUGAAGAGCUAUCCAUGAUCUCUGUGGUAGAAAGUGAUGCUACAUCAUUAGUGCCUUACAUGAGCCCUAUAGAUCCUCUUGAACGAGCUUUGAUUGGGGAUGAAGAAGAUAGUAAAGAUUAA